CUGUGGUGGAGGAUCGCUAGGAGGGAAGAAGGCGGCGGUGGAGGCGGCGAAGGCUUUGGACCUGCCUCACUGGCCGGGACGACCCAGCCCGGAGCGGCAACCUCGCGCUUCUAGGUGUGCGCGCCGGGAGACUGCGCGGGGCACCCGGCGAGGAGGCGGCUGGCGGGCGGCCGGCGGCGGACCGCAACUCCAGCACCAUGGUCCGACUCCACUGGGUUUUCUUCCCGGCGGUAUUUUUGGAGAUGUCCCUUCUCCUCAGUCACCACGGCAGGAAAGUAUUGUUGGCAGAAGCUUCGUCUCAGCGCUCGGUGGCCAGAAUGGACGGGGAUGUCAUCAUUGGGGCGCUCUUCUCCGUGCACCACCAGCCUCCAGCGGAGAAGGUGCCCGAGAGGAAGUGUGGGGAAAUCAGGGAGCAGUAUGGCAUCCAGAGGGUGGAGGCCAUGUUCCACACGUUGGAUAAGAUCAAUGCGGACCCGGUGCUGCUGCCCAACAUCACUCUGGGUAGUGAGAUCCGAGACUCCUGCUGGCACUCCUCCGUGGCUCUGGAACAGAGCAUUGAGUUCAUCAGAGACUCUCUGAUUUCCAUUCGGGACGAGAAGGAUGGACUUAAUCGCUGCCUGCCUGACGGCCAGUCCCUCCCCCCUGGCAGAACUAAGAAGCCCAUUGCGGGUGUGAUCGGCCCAGGUUCCAGCUCCGUAGCCAUUCAAGUGCAGAACCUACUCCAGCUCUUUGACAUCCCCCAGAUUGCGUAUUCUGCCACCAGCAUCGACCUAAGUGACAAAACUUUGUACAAAUACUUCCUGAGAGUUGUCCCUUCGGACACUUUACAGGCGAGGGCGAUGCUUGAUAUAGUCAAGCGUUACAAUUGGACCUAUGUCUCCGCAGUCCACACAGAAGGUAGGCAUUGCAUCUGGGAAGACCAGGGUAUUGCAUGA